UAGGGCCUGCUUUGGCAACUGGGUCGUAUUCCCUUAUUACUGUCUUUGUGCCUUUCGGAGAGCUGAGAAAAACGCGUGCAUUUAAAUGCAAAAACAGGGAAACUUGCAGACGGCACUUCUUGGAGGAAAGAAGAAGGAAGCGAGCAAUUGAGCCCUCUUCCCCCUUUUAUUUCCUGGGUGGCCAUCGCUUGUUUCCACGAGCUGGAAACCAGCGAGUCCCGGCCACCACUGCUCUUCGGGGACUCCCAUGGCCAUGCUAGGCAAACAGGAAGUGGAAGGGAAGGUGCUGCGCUACGAAGCUUUCAUCAGUGAUGUUCUGCAGAGGGAUCUCCAGAAAGUGUUGGAGCAGCGGGAUGAAGUCUACGAGAAGAUCGCCCAGUACCUGCAGCUGAAGAACGUGAUUGAGCGGCUUCAGGAGACAGGAAGUCGGGAGUUGGUGACCCAAGUGGACCUCGGCUGCCAUUUCUACGUCAAUGCAGAAGUGCCGGACACCUCCACCAUCUUUGUGGCGCUGGGGUACGGGUUCUACGCGGAGCUGACGCUGCCUGAGGCACUGGCCUUCAUUGAGAAGAAGAACAAGCUAUUGAACGAGACUGCCGAGACCCUCACCAAAGACUCCACCAAGAUCAAAGCCAAUAUCCGGAUGGUUUUAGAGGGCUUGCGUGAACUCCAAGGGCUUCAGGACCUUCCAGAGGAGGACCGACGGGAAAUUGUCCUUUAAGCACCCGCCUUCCCCAACCCCAGCCGGGGUGUGUGAGGAUAUUUCCAAUGUCUGACAAUGCUGGAAGAAGAGCCGGUCUCUUGUGCAUUUUGGCGGCAGUGGGAAACUGCGCUUGUAGCUGGAGAAACACCUCUCAGUAAGGCCCAGCGACUGGGAGGCGGUGACUGGAAAUUGGGGAGGGGGAGACGAGAGGUAUUUCUCGUGGGCAGGUUCGGGCAGGUUGGUUUCUAGCCCGGAGCUUUUGCCUCUCUUCCUGAGGCGCUUCCUCGGAGCGAGCUCAUCUCGGUUGUUGGAAGCAAUAAAAGAU